AUGGACACGGUACUCGCAACCCAGAUUUUCCGCCAGCUUUUCUCAAAGCCCGCAAGACAGUGUCUUCACGCGCAAGCACGAGCUCGAAGUUCGCUACUCCGCACUCCCACCCAACGGCGAGCCUAUGCGCUCCGACACCGCGAAGAUGACGGCUCUGGUCGGAGCAACUGGCAGCAGCGGCUUGAUCACUUCCCACCGGACAUCACAAAAGAAAUCAAAGAAUACCCACGAGUGACUGCAGCCGAGUUGCGGCACCGAGCGCAGCGGCCGCGACGCGUGAAGAUGUAUACCAGGGACUUUAUAGACGACAGUCUGUACAAUCCAAACUAUGGCUACUUCUCCAAACAUGCGACCAUCUUUACUCCCACACAGCCGUUCGACUUUCCCUCAAUAGCAGACGAGGCAGAAUUCAAUCGCCUUAUCAAUCAGAACUACCUAGACUUUGAGGAUGCGUUAGAUGACCUAGCCUAUGAUCCGAACCGGCAGUUAUGGCAUACGCCAACGGAGUUGUUCCAGCCACACUAUGGGCACGCGAUUGCUCGCUACCUUAUUACCAAUUACAAGAUGUCCCUGUAUCCAUAUCACGACCUCAUAAUCUACGAGAUGGGCGCCGGCAACGGUACCAUGAUGCGCAAUAUCCUCGACUACAUCCGGGACACAGACCCAUCCGUGUAUGCCAGGACCAAGUUUCGUGUCAUCGAGAUUUCGUCCUCGUUACACUCGCUACAGAAGACCAGCCUGACAACGCCAAUAUCAGACCCAGAUCACCUUGAACAUGUCGAGCUGAUCAACAGCUCCAUAUUCACCUGGGACAAGCCUGUACCACACCCUUGCUUCUUCCUUGCCCUCGAAGUCAUUGACAACUUUUCCCAUGACUCCAUCCGUUACGAUCCCUACACGGAGCAGGCGAUGCAAGGCUCCGUACUCAUCACCGAGGACGGCGAAUUCGUUGAAUUCUAUGAGCCUAAUAUCGACCCUUUGGCAGCACGUUACCUGAAGCUCCGACGCCUAGCUGCCAGAGCUCCUUUUAGAACACCGCUCACAAGCCCACCACCCGCCAUUCGCAAGUUCAAACACUCGCUACCCCUUUCUCCCAACCUCACCCAACCCGAGUACAUCCCCGUCCGGCUGAUGCAAUUCUUCGACGUCCUCUCCACCUACUUUCCACACCACCGCCUCGUGCUCGCGGACUUCACCUCCCUACCCGACGCCGUGCCAGGCAUCAACGCACCAGUCGUGCAGACGCGGUACGAGCGGCGUAGUAUUCCCGUGCCCACACCGUUCGUGCACCAGGGUUAUUUCGAUAUCUUCUUUCCCACCGACUUCGGCCUGAUGGAGGACAUGUACCGGUUGCAGACCGGAAAGCUUACGAGGGUGAGAGACCACAGCGAGUGGUUGAAGGGAUGGGAAGAUGAUGAGGGAGCCACGGUGGUCAGGAGCGGUGAGGACGUCAUGGGGACGUUUUAUGGGAAUCAGGCCGUUAUGACUACCAUGUAG